GGCAGGCGGGGCAGGAGCUGGGGGGCGCAGCUAGAGAGCCCCUGAGUCGCGGCGGGAGAGGAGCGCAGAGCCUCCGGGAGCCCAGGCCCAGCAGCCAUGGCGGUGGAAGGAGGAAUGAAAUGUGUCAAGUUCUUGCUCUACGUUCUUCUGCUGGCCUUUUGCGCCUGUGCAGUGGGAUUGAUCGUUGUGGGUAUAGCAGCCCAGCUUCUCCUGAGUCAAACCAUAACCCAUGGGGCUACUCCUGGUACUCUGUUGCCUGUGGUCAUCAUUGCAGUGGGUGCCUUCCUCUUCCUGGUGGCCUUUGUGGGCUGCUGUGGGGCCUGCAAGGAGAACUACUGUCUUAUGAUCACGUUUGCCAUCUUCCUGACUCUUAUCACGCUAGUGGAGGUGGCUGUGGCCAUUGCUGGCUAUGUGUUUAAAGACAAGGUCAUAACAGAGUUUAAUAAGGACUUUCAGCAGCAGAUGCAGAAUUACCCGAAAAACAAUGAUACAGUUUUGAUCCUGGACAAGAUGCAGAAAGAUUUUAAAUGCUGUGGGGCUACUAACUACACAGAUUGGGAGAACAUACCCAGUAUGGGGAAGAACCGAGUCCCUGACUCCUGCUGCAUCAAUGUCACUGUGGGCUGUGGAACUGAUUUCAACCAGCAUGCAAUCAAUACCCAGGGCUGUGUGGAGAGGAUUGGGACCUGGCUGAGGAAGAAUGUGCUGGUGGUGGCUGCAGCAGCCCUGGGCAUUGCUUUUGUAGAGGUCCUAGGAAUUGUCUUUGCCUGCUGCCUUGUGAAGAGUAUCCGAAGUGGAUAUGAAGUAAUGUAGGCGGUCUGGUCUCUUCAGCCCCUCUAGGGGAGUGGAAUAGAAUCUUUCAGGUUUUCCAAUUAAACGGAUUAUUUUUUCAGACCAAAAAGAGA